CAGGGCAAUUAAAAGUAUGAUAUCAAUAAUUAUAACUUUUCUUUAAAGAGUUCCAAUGAAAGUUAGAAGCCCCUUUUUGUUUCUUUUGUAAAUGUUGAAUGCAAUAAGUACUCUGUGAUGUUUUUUGGUCAUAGAUGACGUACUCCUCCGAUUUAUGGCCCAUGAUUGUGGCCGCGAUAUGCGCCCUGCUUUGGAUAUUGUUGGGGGUCAUCAUUAUGAUUGCACUGAAAUCAGAAAAGAACAGGAAAAUAAAACAUAUGAAAAGAGCAGCCAAAAGGAGAAAGAAGUUAAUGGAAAAAAGAGCUAAAACUGCUGUUCCCUUUGGUCCAGGUCCAGUAAUGUAUCCGCCGGGAAUGAAACCCCACGAGGUGAUAGUGAUGAAUUCCCUGCCCAGGAAUCGGCCGCGUGACACCCCGAAGGUGGUGCCCCUGGAAGAUGACAUUAUAUAUGACAACAAGUGCUCAAGCAGCGAGAUCCGCCGAGAUGACGGCGAGAGUAGACGGGAAACGUAAUAGCUGCGUCACGAAUACCUCGAACUGACGUAAAAUGACGUCAUAUAAUCGUACGUCUAGUCUCUAGAGAGCAUGGCGUGUCUCACGUAGAGCACGUGAGGCUUGUAUUGCGUGCCCCCGAGAGAGAUUCGCCUUUACACAGAAGAGCGUAUGCGAUUUGAUAAUGACUUUGUAUCAGAAAAGUGAUUAAAUUAUAGAUAAAGGCAUUAACAAUGUAUCAUUUUCAGUAUAAAUGUUUGUCGGCAAAGCUUCAUUUAUUCGUAUAUAAUGCUUUAUGCGUUUAUAUGUAUGUUUGGAAUAUCUAGAGUAUUGUUUAUAGAUAUGUAUGUACGUACAGAUCUUGGUUUUGAAGUCAUUGUAUAGUAUAUAUCAUUAAAAAUCGGCGGAUAUAAAAAUAUUAAAUUUGAUACAUUUUACCCAUUUGUGUGCGUAUACCCUGUUGUACAUGUAUACUUUUGUCUGGUUUUCCGAAAAUGAGGUUUAGUAGAAAAUUAACUGCAAUAUCUUUAGUAUAAUAAUCACUUCCAUUCAUGACGUGAAUGUCUACAAUUAGCAAAAAAAAAAAAAUGAUUAAUCUAUCGAUAGAGUGAUGAAAAAGUUAAGUUUUUCAAAUUAAAAACAGGCAAAAUAUUCAUAUUCAUUUGAAAAUAAAGUGGAUUUUUCAAAAUCUUAACAAAAAGAAAAUUCGCCAAAUGAAUGCAUAUUCAUAAAAACCUGCACCGCCUUUAAUAGUACGUUACUUUGCAGAUUUGAAAAUCUUCGGAAGAAGAACAUGAAUAUAUAAUGUAGUUUGUGAAUUGUCAUGAAAGAAAACUGACAUCAUGACGUUUCUAGUUUGUUUGUCUGUAUCUCCCAAAGAAAUAAUUUUGGGAGCGCACAAAGCAACAUUUACCAGUUGAUCAAGAAGUAUAGAUAGGUAUAUCAGUUAACGAAAGGUUAUAAUUCAUUUUUUUUUGUAAACAUGCAAUUUUUGUACAUACCGUAAGACCUACAGCCCAUGACUAGCAUUGUAUUCUAGAGUGAAGUGAAAAAUCAUACUAGUAUAUCUGGAAUACAUUUAAUGAUAUUUUUCUGCACAUGUAAGACCAAAUUGUGCAAAUAUAUUUGGAUCUGAUGACAAAAUACGAUGUAAAACAUUGAAAACAAAUAUAACGAACUUAUGCCAACAUAAAGUGCUGUUGUGUUUCGAAAAUCCAUGAGACUCUCAGUUCUCUUUAAUUUGUUUCCACUUCCUAUCAUGCUUUUAAUACCUGUCUUGUACAUGUACCUCUAUAUGUAACGUUCUUCAUUGUGUUCCUUUCGUCUGAGAAACAUUU